UCCACUUGGGCCGCCUCUCUGGCAGAGCCGCCUUGCCUGGAAUAAUUCCCGGAGCGCCUCUUGAGGAUGGCCACCAAGAUCGACAAAGAAGCCUGCCGAAGGGCCUACAACCUGGUGCGGGAUGACAGCACGGGGGUCAACUGGGUGACAUUUAAGUACGACGGCUCCACCAUCAUCCCAGGACACAACGGGGUGGAUUACGAAGAAUUUAUAGGGCAGUGUACAGAUGACAUUCGGUUGUUUGGCUUCAUCCGGUUCACCACUGGAGACACCAUGAGCAAACGAGUCAAGUUUGCACUGAUCACCUGGAUAGGGGAGAACGUCAGUGGCCUUCAGAGAGCUAAAACAGGGACCGAUAAGACCCUCGUGAAAGAAGUUGUACAGAAUUUCGCCAAAGAGUUUGUGAUCAGCGAUCACAAGGAACUGGAUGAGGAUUACAUCAAGGGUGAAUUGAAGAAAGCUGGAGGGGCGAAUUACGAUGCUCAAACGGAAUAAACCCGGAAGAGGAACAGGCCAUGCCUCCUGCAGCCACCCUGAAUAGAUGUGCCACCGAAGGAGGCGGGAAAGCACAAUUUACCUGUGAAAAUAAAACUGGAAGAUAAUUUGAGGCAAGUGUGAGAAGGAAGUUGCUUCAUUUAAGGCUUCCCUGAAGCUCAUCUCCAGAAAUGGACCUUGAUUUU